GAGUUCCUGGUACAGUGCUCAGCUGUUCUGCUCAGGACUGGUGCCGGAGUAAGCCCUGAGUGGGCCAUUCUCUCCACAGCUGUAUGACAUGUUUCCCUGGGCCCUCCGCUACCUCUCAGGGCCCCACCAGAAGAUAUUUCAGUACCACGAAGCUGUGAGGGGCUUCAUCCACCACGAAAUCCUCAGGCACAAGCUCAGAACGUCUGAGGCCCCCAAGGAUUUCAUCAGCUGCUACCUGUCACAAAUCACCAGGGCCAAGGAUGACCCUGUCUCCACGUUCAGUGAGGAGAACCUGACCCAAGUGGUGAUUGACCUGUUUCUGGGAGGCACAGACACCACGGCCACCACACUGCACUGGGCUCUCAUAUACCUGGUCCAUCACAGAGCCAUCCAGGAGAGAGUGCAGCAGGAGCUGGAUGAGGUGCUGGGAACUGCACAGACCAUCUGCUAUGAGGAUCGAGAGCGACUACCCUACACCCGCGCUGUUCUCCAUGAGGUACAGCGCCUUAGCAGUGUUGUGGCUGUGGGCGCGGUGCGUCAGUGUGUGACUUCCACCUGGAUGCACGGUUAUUACGUGCCUAAGGGAACCAUCAUCUUGCCCAAUCUGGCCUCUGUGCUGUAUGACCCUGAAUGCUGGGAGACCCCUCACCAGUUCAACCCUGGCCACUUCCUAGACAAGGAUGGAAACUUUGUGGCCAAUGAGGCGUUCCUGCCCUUCUCUGCAGGGCAUCGGGUGUGUCCUGGGGAACAGCUUGCCCGGAUGGAGCUCUUCCUGAUGUUUGCGACCCUCCUCAGGACUUUUCAGUUUCAACUACCAGAAGGGAGCCAGGGCCUCAGACUGGAAUAUGUGUUUGGUGGUACGCUGCAGCCUCAGCCCCAGAAGAUCUGCGCAGUGCUUCGCCUGAGCAGUCUCAGCCCUAGGAAGCCCUAGGCCUGUAACUGCAGUGCCCAACACACAAGGUUUCCAUCUGUCAGCCUUCAAACUCAGGAACUAGGAAGAAGCAGAUUUUUCCUAGCUCAGCUGCCCACAAUUCUCACACUAGCUCUGAUGGGAAUCCCAGAAAAUGGAUGUAGCAGGAUCUUGCAACAGUAACCAACUGGAUUUGAGUAGUUUCUUUCUUAGAGUAAGAUGAUUAUGCUUUGGCAGAGGAGGAUUUUAUAACAUUUGAUAAAGUUUGACUUUGAAUCAGUUCACAGGGUUCAUUUUGGGGCAGGGGGAGGAAUCAAAUGUCACAAUGUAGUAGCCAAGUAAAUUUAAGGGAAAUGCUUUCCCAUAGUACUAUAAACAGCAGUGCAUGCAAAUGCUGGGAACUGGUAACUGGUGGGGCAGGGGUGGGGGUGGGAGUGGGGGUAGGCACACACACCAUUUUCUGUCCCCUCCCUGCCAUCUUCAGACCAUAGGGAAGAAGUACCUAAAUGUAUAAUCUAAAUAACUAUUUCUAUAAAAAUGUCCAUCAAGAACCCUAGCUUUACUUUCCCUAAAACAGUUGGAAUGCUUUGAAAUAUUGUAUCUCCAAAUAAAUCUUAUUGAAAAGAGAA